AUGCUGAAGCCAAAGUUGAUCGAGAUAGUCGUCAGCGUAAACGCAAUCACGCGAGCUGCUGAGAGACAACGACGCACCCCGAAAUCGAUGGAAGAAUCUAUCAUACAGCACAUACGAUGUCAGAGGAUUAGGCAAGCUCAGGAUGAAGAGAAGUGGAUUGCAGAUCUGAAGAAGUACCUCGACGGGGAAGUGGGGGCCUUGACAGCAGAAAAGGCGAAGGCAUGCUCGAAGAUAGUCGUGAAUUACGAAGUAGACGAGAACAUGCUACUCUUCUUUUGCUCCAAGACACUGCAACAAGGCGAAGAUCGCGACGGUGUCGUCCGGAUGGUGAUACCCGACCGCUUACAGCGAGACUUCCUUCACCGUUAUCAUGCCAGUCUUGAGGGAGGUCAUCAAGGCAUUGGAAGGACGUACCGGAGGAUCCAAGCGAACUUCCACUCCCGUGGGCUGUAUCGAAGUGUACAACGCUACGUGGGGGAAUGCACCGAUUGCGAAACCGGGAAAGGGAAGCCAACGGGCCAGGGAGAAUCACCAGGAAAUAUCCAGGGUACAUACCCCUUCCAGGUGAUCUCCAUGGACCACAUUCCGUCGUUGCCAAAGAACACCGAACUGCUGAUUUGGGCCGACUUGUUCACCGGUUACGUAAUAGCCAAUGCUGGUCCGUCGAGAGAGGGGCACGCAGUAGCUGAGAAUUACGAGGAAUGCGUCUUCCGUCGUUUCGGCGCAAGCGAAGUCAUCAGACAUAACCGGGAGCCGGGCUUUAUGUCGGACGUCUCCCGUGCCUUCGACCGGAUCGUGAAAAUGAGGCAGAGCGUGACAAUGGCUUACCGUUUACAAGGGAACGGCAAAGCCGAGCGAACGGUGCAAACUGUCGUGCCCACGAUGACCCCCCCCCCGCCACUCACAACAAUUCGUCAGCUCCGCAAAGAGCUAACGACGAGCGCGAUCAAAGGACUAUACUCGAUAGUACUUGGUCCGAUCCUUAAUGGGCUCCACUUGACUCUGCGCUGGUAA